AUGCAAGAAAUUAAUAUCAGCCCUCUUAGGAAACGAAACGGCAAGAAUAAUAGUAUUUUAUCGCCGAUUCUACGUCCUCCAACUGCCUCAGCUACAACACCAAAAACAAAGGCAAUACAUCAAAGCACGCCUAUAACCAAGUUAGCCCAAAUCAAGACAACCACAAUAGAAGAACGAAAUGCGACAUUAACUAAGACUAAUAAUGUAAUGAAAUGCGUGUCCAAUGAUAAAUUGUCAAAUAAUUUAAAUGUUAAGCCCACAGAACCUCAUAAAGUAUUAAUUUUUGGAGAUGAUGAGGCGAAAGGUACAUGUAAACUUUUACAGUCUCUUUUGGGAGACCAUUUCAAAGUAUUGUCUUUAUUGAAGCCAGGAGCAAAAGUUGAACAAAUAUUGAACUCAUGUUUGUCUCUCUGUGAUGGCCUAACUAGAUCGGACUAUGUUAUUAUAAUUGGAGGGUCCAAUGAUGUUAAUCCUAUGGAACUGCAGAGUUAUUUGUAUUUUUAUAUUAGCAAACUUAAUAAUACCAAUGUCAUAUUAUCUCAAAUAUUCAAAAAUGAAAGAAUGAAUAACCAAAUACUAUGUAAUUUAUAUCGACAUUUGUGUAAUCAGUUUGGGUGGUGUACUUAUGUUGGGUAUACGUUUGGCAGAUAUUAUAAUAAUUACUCUAGAGUUACCGACUUAUGUAGGAACCUUUUAAGAACUAUAUUAAAUAGAGAAUAUGCUAGGAAAUAUAGUAAAUACAGGGAAUCAAUAAAAUUAAACAAAAUAUUAAAAGAUUCCAAAAAAAUCUAUGUAACGAAACAAACAGUAGGAACCCAAACUAGCGAUGACAGCUUUUUUCUUGGCGACGAAUGA